UACAAAUAUGGAGCUAGACUUCACCAAAGAUGAUCUGCCCUUGAUGGCCAAUACUAGCCACAUGCUUGUAAGGCAUUAUGUGUUAGACGUGGAUGUGGACUUUAGAAGCCGGGUUAUUGGGGGCACCAUAGUUCUGUUCUUUGAAACUGGCGGGAGAUGCAGGAAAGGAAGCAAUGAACAGUUGGAAGGAGUCUGUCAUUCUCAGCUGGAUGAAACCUGUCAUAAUCAGGUAGAUCAAACCUGCUGCCUUCCUGUGCCAAAUGCAAGUGCCUGCUCAACUAAAAGUGGAUGUAAUGAUUUUCCUGUCUGUGGUAAAGGUGAAAAUGAUACUUCUGAUAAAAACGGUAGCCAUGGUAACAGGGAACAGGCUUCUGGGAUUUCUAGUUCAAAGAACUGCUGUGACAUUGAGAUUCAUGGGAGUGAAGAUUUUUUGCUGGUCCUGGACUGCUGUGAUUUAUCCGUGUUAAAGGUUGAGGAGGUAGAUGUUGCUGUGGUUCCAGGCAUUGAUAAAUUUAUAACCUCUGAAAAGUUAAUGGAUGCUUCUGAGGAUCCAGGAGAUCUUAGGAAUCAAAUUGUGCAUGAACUUGUGACAUUACCUGCAGAUCACUGGAGGGAACAGCUCUACUACUACAGAUGUUGCAGCCAAGCACCUGCUUGUGGAGAGCUUCUAUUUGUUACUGGCCCCUGGAGCUUGGAGAUCAGGAAAGCAGGUGUUCAACUGCCAAAGGACUUUCCUCAAGCCAUAAGGAUUUGUUACAAAACAAAGCCAGAAGGAAGAUCUCUUAGCUGGACUGCAGACCAAAGUGACAGGCCAUGUGUUUAUACAAUAGGAUCUCCAAUAAACAACAGGGCCCUUUUUCCAUGCCAAGAACCGCCUGUUGCCAUGUCAACAUGGCAAGCUACAGUCCAAGCAGAUGCAUGCUUUGUUGUUUUAAUGAGUGGUGAAAAUGCUGCAGAACCAACUGAAUCUGAGAAAGGCAUAUUCAGUUGGUUUUAUUAUGUGACCAUGCCGAUGCCAGCAUCUACCUUCACUAUUGCUGUUGGAUGCUGGUCAGAAGUUAAACAGGAAACUUGUGGAACUGAUGCUCAAAGGAAUGAGGAACGCUUUCCACUGCACUCAAAGGCGGAUGUCAGGAUGUUUGAACAGGCUUGUGGUCACUCACCCUAUCCUUGCCGUUUUCAAGAUCCUGUGGCUGCUGCUCAGGUGGUCAUUCCUCAUCGGCUCUUUGCUCCUGGGUGUCUUAAGGAAUCUUGUGAGAAAGUUCUCCUACAGCUGAUUCCUCAGUGCCUCUCAGCAGCUUAUGCUCUGCUUGGUACCCAUCCCUUUUCCAGACUUGAUGUCUUGAUUGUCCCAUCCAACUUUUCCAGUCUUGGAAUGGCAAGCCCACACAUCAUCUUCCUGUCACAGAGUACAUUACCUGGAGGGAACCAUCUCUGUGGAACACGCCUGUGCCAUGAAAUUGCUCAUGCCUGGUUUGGCUUGGCCAUUGGAGCACGUGACUGGACUGAAGAAUGGCUAAGUGAAGGAUUUGCCACUCACUUAGAAGAUGCCUUUUGGUCAGUAGCCCAGCAGCUGCCGGUUGGUGAAGCAAAAGAGCAACAGCACCUGAAAGCUUUGCUCCGUUGGCAGCGGCUUAGGGAUGAAGUACAGAACUCUGAAGAAGAUCUGCAAGUGUUAAGGCCCAACAAAGAGAACACUGGCAAAGUUAGUGAGUCUGGAGCAUCUGUAAUCAAACAUGGCCUUAAUGCUGGAAAGACAUUCCUGCAGGUUCACUACUUGAAGGGUUAUUUCCUUCUGCAGUCUUUUGUGAGAAAAGCUGGAGAAGCUGCAUAUUUUGCCUUUUUAAGAAAAUUUGUGCAGGACUUUCAUGGACAACUGAUACUCUCACAGGACUUCCUUCACUUGUUACUGAAGGACAUCCCACAGUUAACACGGCACGGCCUAUCGGUUGAAAACGUCUUCCAGAAGUGGCUUGACUGCUCAGGAAUCCCCAAGCCUUUGCUGGAAGCAAGUCGGGCUUGGCAAGAGUGUCGGCUGGCCCAGCAAGUCAACGAGGAGGUCGCAAAAUGGAUUCAAGUAAAUCAGAGAGCCAGAAAAAGAAGCAGAAGGAAAAGGCAAUGUGAGGAAGCUGCUUUCCAAAAGCUUCUCCCAGACCAGCUGGUCUUAGUUCUGGAGCGUCUCUUGGAGAAGAAGACAUUAUGUUCAAAAACGUUGGAGUGCUUACAGAAAAUUUACCACCUCCGUGAGCAGGAUGCCGAGGUUCGACAUCGAUGGUGUGAACUUGUUAUUAAACACAAAUAUAUAGCAGGAUAUGGCAAUGUUGAGAAAUUCCUCAAGGAAGACCAGGCAAUGGGUGUCUACUUAUAUGGAGAAUUAAUGGUGAAUGAGGAUGAAAAACAACAAGAACUUGCAUAUAAGAGUUUUGCCACAGUCCGUGACCAAAUGGAUGUAUCCUCAGCUAAAAUAGUGACAGAAAUGUUAUUUUGAUAAGGAAAGAUCAGAGACUUUUAAUAUAUCUUCUACCCAACCCUGGUGGUUCUAGGAUUUCACUGACUGUGGACAUCAAAGUAAAGAUUAUGUAACAACUAAAGCAAUCAGCUGACAAAUAUUUUACCUCUCAGUAUUUCUCCUCCCAGAGGGCUGUGACAA